AGAAUGGAGGAGGGUGGGUAGGUGGGUGGGCAGGUGGGCCUCCUGCCCCUAGGAGAAGCUAACAAAUUAAAAAGAAAUGGGGCUGAUUGAAGUGGCAUUUCCUGGCUUGAGGCCUCAGGGAAGGAAAGCUGUGGAAUUUAUUUAAACAACUGUCAAACCAGCUGGUUAUGGGGUUUUUACUAUUCUGGCCUGUUGCUCUUGUUCUUUUCAGAAUUUUAAGUAGGUUUAGGUGGCUGUUUGAUCCGAAAGCAAUGCUCGAAAGGGGAUGUGACUACAUGAAAAUUGAUACCUGAUCAAUAACCAGGGGGGCCUCUUGCCUUAAUUCUUAAAACAAGAAGGCCCUUCCCCAUUGGAAGAUCAUGGGAAGAAGUGGCUCCCCUCCUCUUGACGCCUGCACAUUUAUGCUUUAAAACGCGUGUCCGGCACAUUCUGGCUGCACGUCCGCACUUCUGGAAGAGGGAGGCCGUGGUUUUUGAGGAAUGGAAAUUCCACUGCUGUGUGGACUCAUUGCUUUUCAGCAGUUUGGUCCAAACUGCACAACUCUGUGCGCCCCGAGACCUUCUCCCCCGACAAAGCACUCUGCCUUGAACCACAGCAGACAGUACUAUUCUGGGGUUUCCAGAACGUGUCGGUGGGUUCUGGUCUUGUAAUUUUUUAUAUGAUGCAGUUUUCAAAAUAAAUCUUGUAGGCAGCUCCGAGCCUGCCUUUGCGUUCCCUUCCUGAAACAGGAAGGGACAGCAAGUUCUUGAUGUUCGGCACGGCUGUAAAUAACUCCAGACUAGCAAAGUGCCUGCGCGGUUCAGGCUAUUCCCUUUGCGCAGCAUGCCUACAAGCCCGCCCAGUUGAGGUGAAAAUGUCAGCUCCAGGACCCUAUCAGGCAGCCGCUGGGCCUUCCUCGGUGCCAAGUGCACCCCCAUCCUAUGAAGAGACCAUCAACAGUUACUACCCCACGCCACCAGCACCCGCGCCUGGGCCGACCACGGGGCUCGUGUCGGGUCCCGACGGGAAGGGCAUGAAUCCACCCGCGUACUACACGCAGCCGGUGCCCGUCCCCAACGCCAAUGCCAUUGCCGUGCAGACCGUGUAUGUGCAGCAGCCCGUCUCGUUUUUCGACCGCCCGAUCCAGAUGUGCUGUCCCUCCUGCAACAAGAUGAUCGUGACGAGGCUCACCUACAAUGCUGGUGCCCUCACCUGGCUCUCCUGCGGAAGCCUGUGCCUGCUGGGGUGCGUGGCGGGCUGCUGCUUCAUCCCCUUCUGCGUGGACGCCCUGCAGGAUGUGGACCACUACUGUCCCAACUGCAAAGCUCUCCUGGGCACCUACAAGCGUUUGUAGGACUCGGCCAACGUGGAGGCGGCCGUGAGCUGAAAGAAGUCCUUUCCAGCUCUCACCCAGCCCCACCCUGGUGGAGGUUCUGUUGAGGUGGUCUUCUCUCUCCAGGGGUCCAUCAUCAAAAGUCACAAACCUCCAAACCCCAGACAUCGCUGCUUGGAGAUGUGCACAGGAUAUUCAAAGACAUUCACUGCAAGCGUGGAUUCAAGGGUCUCCUGCCCACCCGUGACCCCAACUCAUCCCAUCUAACUGGGGUUGUUGCCCUGUCUGAAUAUCUUCUGGCAAUCUGCCAUGGGCUGGCUCCUUUCCCUGCCUCAGUGGGCCCUUCUGGUGGUGGUCUCGAGCUGAGAAGCCACAGGUUGCCUUACUUUUUGAGACUGUGCUGGCCAGAAUAGGGUGGAACCAGCCUUGAGCCCUUACCAUCCUAUCCACCCCACCCCACCCCUGGUGACACAAAUCUUGCCUUACAGACUUCAAGGGCUUGUCUCUGAUUAUAUUAAUUGCCGACUUUUCAUUAGCACACAAAUUCACUUUAAUUGUUUAAUUCUUCUUUUUUAUGUACAAGGAGGGGCUGUUAACACCCACCAGACACAAAGCUGUGAGGUUAUGAAUCUGUGUUUGGAAAUCAGGGCUGGAUCUUACCACCAGUCUGCCUUUCCUUGGCUGUCUGGACCAGAUCCUCGGCACCCCUGUCCAUGAAGGGCUUUUGUCUCAUGCAGGAAUUGUUUGUAUCAACAGUUUUUAUGACCUCCUUUUGGUCUUAAACACCUCUGAACAGGAUUUGAAAAGGAGGGAUUUAUGGAACCAUUUUCUGUAACCAUAUGGCUGGUAUCGUUUUCAUGUUUGCCAAUGCACUCUCACUUUUAUAUGCUUUAAAACAGGAAAAGGAGUCAUUUCAUCCACUGCCUCUAAUCGGGAUUAGUGCGGUUCUUAAAAACCUCUAUAAUGAAGUCUCAAAGUGGGGCCCCUGUUGGCUUCCUGGUGGUGUGCUUGGAAAGACAAGGGGAGCACCGUUGAGCUUGGUCCAGACACUGUGGUGCUGAAGGCUUGGAGACCUGGCCUGUUUCUGAGGAAUCCAAAGUCUGGUUUUAUUUUACAGAAAUACAGUUUGUUAUAUCGCAUCAGAAGACAUGAUUUCUAGGACUCAAGCAGCAAGCCAGGUUCUAGGUGAGCUGCUCUGUCAUCUUUGAAAUCAAGACAAAGCUGGGCUCGACUUCCAAGAGUCCCCCUUUUGAUAGUCAGUUGUCACAGGGAAUGCACGUGAAUAAUGUUAGUAGAAAUCAUACCUAGGCCUUGAACAAAAUCUGUAUAUUGGUUGAAAAAUGUAGCCGUAACCAUUAAUUCAGCUUAUUCCCUUGAUGUUCUGGAAAUUUCAGCAGUUAUUUUUGCAAUGACUAUGGAUACCCACACAGUACUUUGUUUUUUUCUGCUUUUAAAAAAUAAAGUCUUUGGUUCACUUGGUGAACUAUUUAUCAAUUCUCAUGGUGUGAAGAAGGGUCUCGUGUUGUGUUUCCAGCCGGUGCUACAAAGAACCUUUAUUUGCUCCGUAACAGUAGAAAAUCCAUCGUGAUAAAGACUUCAGACUUGCUGAAUAUCCUGCAAUGUCAAGAUGACUGAUGUUGAGUUGCAUGGAGUGCUCCUGAGUCAGAUUUGGACGUUGGGUUGUUGGAACCCAAUGGAUGUCCUCCAUGGCAGCAAGCCAUAGCUUUCAAGUUCUAAUAAAUGCGCGGAAGAAA